AUGGACAUCUCCACCGGAUUCGAUUCGCAUGACUCUGUGGGAGGUCCCCCAAUUUCGCCGGCGGUUUUAUCUAAAUCAAAAAAGCGGCAGGCCGAACCUACUGAACCAGACAACCUCAAACCAGAUGCUUGUGAUGCAGAUCCCUGCUAUCCAAGCAAGCGUUACAAGGAAAAUUCAACGGAAGCACAAAUGUUUCCUCCUCUACAUGUUCAAGCAUCAGGAGCAUAUAACGACCGCAACUUUCUGCUAGCUGCCCAUCGCUUUGGUUUGCUCUUGUGUCUCCAUCGUGAGCAAAAGUCCAAGAGCAUUCCAGGGUACCCCGAUACCAAUAUGGUUCAAGUUUGCCUUAAUCUCACCCAGUGCUACUUGAACCUGAAGAAAGCGGAAACGGCUCACGAAGUCCUCGAGGAUGUUUGGCGUCCUAAUAGGCUACUGACGAUUGAAGUUCACAUCCACUUUUCAAGGAUUUAUCGCGACUGUAUCUUGAGGAGAAAGAUCGGAGCGUCCUGCAAACAGACGAUCAAAGAGAAUCUUUGGAAUCUUUGA